UUCCUGAGCGUCGUGGCGCCGUGGCGGGAAUUUCGCCCGUUUCCCCUGUAGAUCCUAGCGGCACCGGAGCGGUGGUCUGCACGGCCGAGGGCGGCUCUCGGGGACUGAAAGUGUGAGAAGGUGGGACUGGCAUCAGACUCGCCCUGGUACACGGAAGUCCGGCUCCGCUAGUCCAUCGCCUGCCCCGAGCUGGUCCCUGCGUGUGCUCACUUGGCGGGACCUGGCCUCUGGCUAGAGGGAUUUGGGGUUGGCGCGACGGGUGGUUCUCAUCCAGCCCCCCCAGCCUCACCCGACCUACACCCCCGAACCCCAGGAGUCAGCGAGCGGGCUUUUCCACUGCCCUGCCGGAGAAGUGGCUUCUAUCUGCUUGGACAUGAAGUAAACCAUGGAUAAUUGUUCCACUGCGUCGACCUUCCUGACAGACAGCUUGGAGCUGGAGUUGGGAACAGAAUGGUGCAAACCGCCUUACUUUUCUUGUGAUUUUGAUAACAGGGGAGGAGGAAAAUAUUUUUCUGGGGAGUCCUACCUUACCAGCGGAGCCCUUAAGCGACUAAUUUUGAAUCUUGAUCCUUUACCAACUAAUUUUGAAGAAGACACAGUGGAAAUAUUUGGUAUUCAGUGGGUUACUGAAACAGCAUUAGUGAAUUCAUCUAGAGUGCUCUUUCAUUUAUUCAGGCAGCAGCUAUACAACUUGGAAACUUUAUUACAGGCCAGCUGUGAUUUUGGAAAGAUAACAACCCUACACUGCAAAGCAGACAACAUUAGGCAACAGUGUGUAACAUUUCUUCAUUAUGUUAAAGUUUUCAUCUUCAGAUACCUAAAAGUGCAGAAUGCUGGGAAUUAUGUGCCUGUCCAUCCUUAUGAGACUUUGGAGGCUCAACUUCCCUCGCUGUUGGUUGAUGAGCUUCAUGGAUUACUGUUGUAUAUUGGACACCUAUCUGAACUUCCCAGUACUAAUCUAGGAGCAUUUGUAAAUCAAAAUGAGAUUAAGCUUUUCCCACCAUCAUGGCAUUUAUUACAUCUGCAUUUAGAUAUCCAUUGGCUGGUGCUAGAAAUUCUUCACAUGCUGGGUGAAAAAUUGAAACAAGUUGUUUAUGGUCAUCAGUUUAUGAAUCUGGCGGGUGACAAUUUAACCAAUGUCAGUCUAUUUGAAGAACAUUGUGAAAAUCUCCUUUAUGAUUUAAUAAGCCUGUCACUCAACAGGUAUGACAAGGUUAGGCCGUCUGAAGCAUUAAUGAGUCACCACUGCCCAUGUCCAUGUGUUAAAGAAUUAUGGAUUCUCCUCAUUCAUCUUCUCGACAACAGAAGUAAAUGGUCUCUCUCAGAAUCAUUUUGGAACUGGUUGAAUAAACUACUUAAAACACUCUUUGAAAAGUCAAGUGACCGAAGAAGCCCCGCUGUGCCUGUAAUCCAGCCUAGAGAUCCAUUAGGUUUUAGUUGGUGGAUUAUUACUCACGCAGCUUCAUUUUACCAGUUUGAUCGCCAUGGAGAACCAGAUAAUAUGAGACACAUGGAGUCAAAUUGGAACUUUGUAGAAGAACUGUUGAAAAAGUCUGUCAAUGUUCAGGAUGGUAUACUAGAAGAACAGUUGCGAAUGUAUCUUCACUGUUGUUUGACACUUUGUGGUUUUUGGGAACCAAAUAUUGCAGUUGUCACAAUUCUGUGGGAAUAUUAUAGCAAGAACCUGAAUAGUUCUUUCAGUAUUUCUUGGCUUCCUUUGAAAGGCCUUGUAAAUGUUGUUAAGUCACCUUUAUCUAUGCUAGAAAUGGUGAAGACCUGCUGUUGUGAUAAACAAGAUCCUGACCUGUAUAAGUCCAGCAGUAGUUAUACCAUUUUCCUUUGCAUUUUGGCUAAAGUUGUUAAAAAAGCAACAAAGAAUAAUGGCCCUCAUCCUUGGAAACAAGUCAAAGGAAGAAUAUAUUCUAAAUUCCAUCAAAAAAGAAUGGAAGAACUAACUGAAGUUGGUCUGCAGAACUUUUUCAACCUUUUUCUACUGUUAGCAGCUGUUGCGGAGCUGGAAGAUGUAGCAAGUCGUGUUUUGGACCUCCUGAAUUUCCUCAAACCUGCCUUUAUGACAUCUCCUCUAAUUUGGAAGGGUCAGAUGGCCUUCCUUUUGAUGUAUACUGAGAAAAAUCUGGACAUUGGUGUUUUGGCUGAGAAAUUUUCAGGUGCUUUCCGGGAGAAAGCAAAGGAAUUCUUAGUAUCUAAGAAUGAUGAGAUGGGACAAAGAGCGACUCUCUGGACACUUCUUUCUAUCUAUAUUGAUGGCGUUCAAGAAGUGUUUGAGACCAGCCAUUACUUGCAUCCUUCCCAUGAAAAACUGCUUAAUGAUGGAUUUAGUAUGCUUCUACGAGCUUGUCAAGAAUCCCAACUUAGGACAGUGUUGAAUUUUCUACAGGCUGUUCUGGCCAGAAUCAGGAGUAUGCAUCAACAAUUGUGUCAGGAACUUCAAAGGGAGAAUGGAAACCUAAUUGUACAAUCUUCAUUAUCGGCUAAAGAGCGCCACCUUGCUGCAGUUGCCAGUGCACUGUGGAAACAUUUCUUUUCAUUUUUGAAGAGUCAGAGAAUGUCACAGAUAGUGCCACUCUCACAACUUGCAGAUGCAGCUGCAGAUUUUACUUUGCUGGCAAUGGACAUGCCCAGCACAGCUCCAUCAGACCUUCAACCUCAGCCAGUUAUAUCAAUGAUACAACUUUUUGGCUGGGAUGAUAACAUCUGGCCCCAAGUUGUAGCAAGAUAUUUAAGUCAUUUUCUACAAAAUAGCAUGUUAUGUGAAGCACUUUCUCAUUCAAACAGUGUAUCCUUUCAAGCCUUAACUGUAAGAUCAUGGAUCCGCUGUAUUUUGCAAAUGUAUGUAAGAAACCUCAAUGUUCCUGAUGAUUUGUUCAUUGAUAUCAAUCCUGAACAAGCAGUUGAGAAAGAAUACAUAGAGCAGUUGGCCGAACUGACAAGGUUGCUAUUUAAACUCUCAGAAGUAAAGAAUAUUUUCUCAAAAUCUCAAGUUGAAUAUUUACCCAUACCAGAAGACCCUAAAAACGCACUUACUCUAUUCUUUGAGGCUGUUGGUAUAACUUACAGGAAUCUGCAGACACUUUCCGAUAAAUCUGCCAUGGUCACAAAGUCCUUAGAAUACCUUGGUGAAAUACUAAAAUAUAUAAAACCUUAUUUGGGGAAAAAAAUUUCCAGUGCAGGACUGCAACUGACUUAUGGGAUGAUGGGAACUCUUGUUAAAUCAUGGGCACAGAUCUUUGCCACCUCUAAAGCCCAAAAAUUGCUAUUCCGGAUUAUAGAUUGUUUAUUGCUGCCACAUACAGUGUUGCAGCAAGAGAAGGAGCUGCCUGCACCUAUGUUGACUGCAAUUCAGAAGAGUCUUCCUUUGUAUCUCCAGGGUAUGUGUAUCGUGUGUUGUCAAUAUCAAAAUCCAAAUGCCUAUUUGUCUCAAUUGCUCGGGAAUGUUAUUGAGCAGUAUAUUGGGCGAUUUCUUCCAGCUUCACCACAUGCUUUAGGUCUUGGACAGCAUCCUGUUUUGUUGGCAUUGAGAAACUCAGCCACUGUUCCAUCGAUGUCAUCGCUAAAGAAAUGCAUUGUACAAGUCUUAAGGAAAUCCUAUUUUGAAUAUAAAAGGUCCUUGCUCCCUCCUCGUUUAGCAUCCGUUCUGGCCUUCACCCUCCAACUGUUCAAAGAAACUAACAUAGAUAUUGCUGAGGUUGAACUUCUCCUCCCUGGUGUCUUAAAAUGUUUGGUGUUGGUCAGUGAACCCCAAGUUAAAAGGCUGGCCACAGAGAACCUGCAAUACAUGGUAAAAGCCUGCCAACUGGGGUCAGAAGGAGAACCUGCCACCCAGCUGACUUCUGUGUUUAGGCAUUUUAUCCAGGAUUAUGGUAUGACAUACAAUUAUCAGAUUUACAGCAUUCUAGAAACUGUGGCAGCACUGGACCAGCAGGUUGUUAUCCACUUGAUUUCUACCCUCACUCAAUCUCUGAAGGACUCAGAGCGGAAAUGGGGUGUUGGCAAAAAUAUAACACAAAGGGAAGCCUAUAGCAAGCUUUUAUAUCACCUAGGACAAGUGGGACAAGAUGAGAUACAGAGACUGAAAAAUGAUAGUUCCUAAUAUAUUUUGUGAUUAAUUAUCUCUAUUAAUUAUAACCGUCUAAUGCCAAUUUGUACCAUUCUGCCUUCAUUUAAUUAAUUGUAUAAUGUUGUGUUAAAAAAAACUUUCUAAGAUGUAUAUAAAUAAGGAAAUAAAGGUUAAUUAAGUAUGUGUAGGAUUUUUGGAACUUGACAAACCUCAUUCUAUUUUAAAUAUAUUUUACUUAAACGAAAUUAAAGAAAUGUUCUAUUUGGGAGUAUUAUUUGUGUAUGACUAAGUAUGUUUGUACUGGUUAAUCCAUGGACUUUCUUUAUAAUGUAACUCCCUGCCUUGUGAGUGAUUGUGUUUGUUUUGUUUUGAUUUUUCACUAGUUAACAUUUUACUGUGACACUUUUUUCAAAUUACCUGACUACCCUAUUCUUUUUUGUUUGUUUGUUUGUUUGUUUUGGAGGGCAGGAUCAGGAGAUGGGGCUGUAUAUUAGCUAUCCUUUUUAAUAGUAAAUUUGAGGUAAGUCGAUAAAUACAUGCCUUACAAAGUACACUUACCUCUGUGAGGAAUAAAACUGAAUCUAGUUAAUACAUAAAUACACUACGGAUAGUGUAUUUAUAUAUUAAAAAAACAUAGCAAGUGUUUGUGCUUUGCUUCAAUAGUUGCCAGAUGUUUUUCUCUAUUCAUUCUUUUGGAGUUAUCAUUAAAAGACAUUUCUGGAGGAGGGAAAACAAGAGCUUUUAUUAUUAUUUUUAUUAAACAGGAUAAAUAAUAUUCUGAAAAAUCUUACGAUUACAAAUGAACAAGUCUGAGAAGUUAUCUGAUUUAUCUCCUUGCCCUUCAAUUAAAACUAAUUAAAACAUGACAUCUUGUAUAUUUACUGAGAACCAGUUUAGUUUCCUUUAACUGCUGUUGUAUCUCAAUUCUUUAACUCAUUUUUAUCUUAUCCAGAUUUAUUUUCUAUUAGAUUCUUUUCCAUGACUUUUUGUGAUGUGCAGUGGGUUAAAAAAAAAAGCUCCAAUUCUAAAGUUGGAAAGCCACCUGCGUCUAGGUCUCAAAACCACUUCUGCUUUGUGAACUUGAACAGGCUCUUUCUGAGCCUUUUUCUAAAUGGAGGAAAAAAAGAAGAAAAAUCCUUUUUAUUUUUCACCAUGUCCUUAUAAGAAUCAAUGACAUAUAAUGUGAAAGUAUUUGGUGACCUGUAUUCUCUUUGGAGGCAUGUAGAUACAAACACUGUAUUCAUACAUAAUAUAAGAUGAAAUAACCAAUGGCACCUCAGUUUUGUUUCUGUUUUUUCUAAUGAUCUGCCCUAGAUGAGUAAUCCUACUUUUGUUCAAUGUUUUCUUACAUGUCCUGUUUUCUAACUUUAAAUAAUUUUGUUUUCUUUUGGGAACUCUAACUCUAAUCUUUAUUAUGGUUCUACUUUUCCAUCAUGAAAACAUUCAACUCUUUUCUGGCUCAAGUAGUUGCUUUAAAAAUGAAAUGCAGGCAAUCAGCAAACAAUAAUAGCCCUCUUCUAAUUGUAACCUUUGAAGUCUAAAGGAGACUGCUUUUAUAUAGCAGUGAUUUUCUCUUCAUUAUAUGACUUACUAAACUAAUAAUGUAUCACUUUGCAAAUUUCAGCCAUUGAGGUUUCUAUUUAAGGAAAUGCCUUUUAAAGAGUCAGUCUCUCUCUGUCUCUCCCCCUUCCCUUCUCUUUCUUUCUUUCUCUCUCUCUCCAUACUUCCAGGGGAGAUCAAUAAAUAUAACUUUGAGAAUCUUGCUUUUUAUAGUAUUAAACAUUUAAGGGAUAGCAAAUGCUGCUCUUGAAUCACACAUUAGGAUAUGUAGCUGUAGAUAAUAAAAUUAACUAGUUUGUAGUGAAAAAAUCAGUGACAGCAAAAGUAUAUGACAAUACCUGUAUAUAUGUUUUAAUGUGUAAGUAAAAUUUUCAAAAACUUUUUUAAUUGAAGAAAAAAACUAACUCAGUUGCUUAUCUUCAUAGCCUAUAUUGAUUCUUCACAUAUUACUUGUCUUUUUCUCAUUCCUGCAGAGUAAAUUAUACCUGCUUCCUUGAUAUCCAUUUUGCCCUAAAUACCCUGUAUCUCUGAGGCGUCUUAUUCUACUUCAGUAAUAUGGCCAUUCUCAGUUGGUGAAAUCUGAGUAUCUGUUCUUACUUCUGGAUCUUUGUCCUCUCUGAUAUUUUCAUUUUCCUUGAUCUUCUCAUGACUUCCUCACCAAUGCUGACCCUUCCUACAUACAUCCCGUUUUGAAAACACCUUUACAUUCUUCAUUCUUGCUCCCAGUGGUAAGAUUUGGCCCUUUGCUCUGUCUCAUUCUUCUAGUAGUCAACUGGUAACAUAAUUCUGUCUCUCAAAUCUAUUUCUAGUGCUAAAUUUCUCGAACCUCCCUAGUUGGAUCUUCCUGAAAUGUAAAGGCAACUUGUUUAGUCUCUCCUGUCACCUUCUUUUCCAAACUGGCUCCUGCCUUAUUUUCCGCCCAGGGAAUAUACUGGUUUACCAAGUUUCUUAGCUUUAAAACUUUAGAGGCAUGUUGGAUUCUUCAUUGUUCUCCACUUUCAGGUGAUCAUUAUACAGGCUCUUGAUAUUUUAUUCUUUACCAUCCCUUGCAUCCAAACUUUUCUUAAUUGGGCAUUAUAAUCUCGCCUAUGGUUUCCUUUCCUACAAUUUAUUCUUCAUACCUUUCUGACAUGAUAGAUUUUCCUAAAAUGCUAUUUUCCUGUUGUUGAACCUGCAAUUACUUCUUAUUAUUAAUAAGUGGGCUUUCACAUGCUUCUAUCAAGAAACAUUCUGCCACCUGACUACUUUUUCUUUCCAAACUUACCUCAGGCAGGAGACUAGACUCUCAGCUGCUUUCUGUGAAUGCCAUAAUCAUUGUACAUUCUGAACCUCAUUCAGUUUGCUACCCUUCCUUAGCGAUACUACCAUUUCUAUAGAAACCUAAACUUAACACACUUAAAUAGGAAGACAAUUAAAAUAUACACUGGAAUACAUGAGUCGAGUAAUUUCUGUAAAAUACCAAAUGGAGUGUAAAAAAAAUGAUUGAAGGACAACAAGGUGAUGAAAGGACUUUAUUAGACAUUCAGAUUUGGUUAUGAUUGAAAUUUCAAUUAACAUUUAAUUAGGUUUCCAUGGAUAAGAAAAAACAUGGAGUAUUGCCUCUGUAACAAAAUCUUUAGUAUUGAGUUCAUUUGCAUUAGAAGUUUCAUAGUUUAAAACUUUUAUAUCACUACCUAUUCCUAGAAUAUUUUCUUCUUAAGAAUAUUUGAAUUUUUAUACCUGGAAAUUAUGUAAAAAAUUAUUUAUGGGUUGUUACUCUAUGUGUUUUCACUAUCCAUAAUUAUCUUCCACGCUUCACAAAUUUUUAAAGCUACUUUGUUCUUAAAGAAUUACUUGGACCCAUUGUCAUGUAGUUUAAAAGAAUAUUGGACAGUUUUAAUUUUUACCUCCCCUUUGAUAAGAUAUGUUGCAUAAAAAUUAAACCAGCAUCUAUAGUUGGGAAAAGCCUUUUAAAAACCUAACUUACCUAAAUUUUAUGCGUUAACAUAGUACUCAUAUUCCACAGGUAAAGGGUGGAAUGCAUAAUAUCCUCACCAAAAACUCUGUUAUCCAUAAUAAACCACCUCUUUUUGGUUGAUAGACUUUUACAAUAAUCUUAAUUUUACAAAAACUCCCAUGCUUACUCCUCCUAGGAUUUAAGAAUAUUGCCUUGUCAAGAGUAUCAUAUGCCAACAUAAAUAGCUUGCUUUGUUUAGUUAAAACAGUUGGUUUGGAAAGCUAGCAAAGUAGCAUAUUUUUCCACAUAUUAAAUUAGAUACUCAUAUUUGGAUUCUAUGAUAGACUAUAUUGGUAAGGUUACAAAAAUCAGGACCAAAUGAUUGAAUUAGGACUAAUUUCUGCUUAUUAAAGUUGUUAGUGUGCUGAUGGUUAUCCAAUUUAUUGCAUUAAUGAGUCAUACUUAUAGAAAAAUUCUGGACAUUCUUAUACACAUAAGUUAUCUGUCCCUGUAAUAAAGAUAUAGCUAAUAAAUGUAUAUAUUUAGCUUAGACUAUAGCUGUGAUUAUUCAACUUUAUUUUUAUGAGAUUGACUUUUUAAAAACCAAAGUUAAAAAAGCCUAUUUGAAGAAUAAUUUGUAUCUUAGUUUUGUUGCCUUUAUACCCUGGUAAAACUAAGGUAGUUUUUCAGCUAUUGCAGUGGCUGAAGGGUAUACAAUAUACAUGUAAACUAUAAGGAAAAUAUGAACAGAAAAAGUAUGAAAAAUACCCUAAUCAUAACUUGUCAUUUUGUUGUUAAAGAUUGAAGGAAUUGUUUUUGCAUUUUAUCACACACAUUAUUUCAGAGAUUUGUAUCUUGCUGGCUUUCCCUUCCACUGUAAGAAUACUCUGCUAAUAUCUAUGUGGUAUUGCUUUUUCUUUUUUAAAGUAAAUUUUGAUGUUUAAAUGGUUAGGGGGUAUCAUGGUCUUCCUAUGGAAAUUCAGAUUAAUGCAAUAAUUCAAAUACAAAUGUAAUAUAUUUAAUUUUGAAGAAUAAAAAAAGAUGAAUUACUGUAGGAUAGUUCACUUUAAUGGGAAAUAUAUAUUUGAAUUUUUGCAGUGGAAUUUUGUUUAUCCAAAUUUUGUUUAGUUUUCUACAGUCCUGGUUAGCUUUUACUACUGACAAUUUGAGGGAAACGAUCUAGUAAGUGAUCUUAGUAUUUUUGUAGGAGGUGGAUGUUGUACUUUGGAUGCUUUUCUCUGGCUGUAACUGUAAAUGAUGUUUCCAAAAACUAUGAAGGAAAGUUCACCAAGAAGGGAUUUAAUAAUAUAUACUGUUUUGUUUUAAAUGAGUAUUUAGAAAUCUAUAUAAAAAUAAUCAAGAGUAAUCUUAGGCUGCUUCUCCAUUCCCAGGCAGGCAAAUUUAUUUUUAGACAUUUUCCCUUUCUUAAUUGGAAAAAGGGUCUGGGAUUACAAAUAGAUUUUAAUGGUUUCUUGAGGUAAAACUGCUGGAGGAGAAGUUCAUGUCACAUAGAAAAUUUAGCAAACCUGAAACAGUUCUUGCUUUUAGGUCCUUGUUGAAACACUUCUGAAAUGUUGGAGUUCAUUUUUUGACUUGGAAAGACAUUUUUAACUUUUGGCUUAAAUGAUUUAUAUUUUAAAGAGAUUUAUCUCUCUAAAUAUUAGCUAUCAGUGCCAAUUUUUAUUUUUCAUAACUGUACAAAUACAAUUAUGUAUUUCUGUCUCAGUCUGUGUCCUUUUAAAAAUCUACCUUUUUCCCUUACCUUUAACCUCCCUUCCUGCCCAUUAAUCUGAAUAACCAGAGCUUAUAAAUGUGCAUAUAUAUUUUUAUUAAUGUUUUAGGUAUCUUAUAACAUUAUGUGUAUAAAGUUAGUAAACUCUGUUUAGGAUAAAAAUUCUUUUUUUAUUCACUUCUGAAUUACUAAAAGUAGUUACAUGAAUAAAAUGACAAUUUCCUGUAAGGCAGGGAUUUCUGAGUGAUUAAACUAUGUCAAGGAAAGUCAGUGUAAAGUCUUCCUUUUCAGAGGUUACUUAGGUCCUAACAAGAUUAGGAAAGAGGAAAAAGUCAUGUUGUACUUGUUGAAUUUUUGCUCAAAUGUAAUUGUUGAGUUGUUUUAUUCUUUAUUUUUUGUAUAGACAAAGCAAAUCCAAAAAUAUAGCCUAGAAAAGAAUUCUUAUGCAUUAUUAAAAGUGGUAGUAAUAAAAUAUGUAUUGGCGGUGGAAAAGAAUCCCACAUGUGCUCAAGAUUGACAUAACCUUUAACAAGGUGGAAAAACUUUUUAUUAGAACUGCCGAUUCUAGGUUCAAAUUUAUGUCAAAGCACUUUAUGGUACCAUAAUUAGUACAACUAAUUUUUGGAGCUUUAAAAUGUCAUUUUUCACUGAAUGAGUUCAAACGAUGUUUGAGCUAUUAUUUGAGUCAAGGAUUUGUACAAGUUUAGGAAUAUCUGCCUUCAAUAAACUUAUUUUUUCCUAAUGAGUAUAUCUCUUCCCAUAUUUUUUAAGACUCAUUUACUCCACAGUAUGUUUACCAAGUUCUAUCUAGUAAUUUUUAAACUUCAAAAUUAAUCUUCCUGUUCAAAGUUACUAAAGAUAGUAAAAUAAUUUGAGUACCAUCUUUUUCUUAGGCAAAAUACUUCAUUCAGAACAUUUAUCUAAUCCUCCCAACAUUCUUUUGAGUUGAUAUAGAAAUCAAUAAUUACCCCCUUCAAAAGUAGGAGAAUUGAAACACUGUAAAGUUAAGUUUCUGGCCCAAGGUCACAGGGUAAUCGAGGUGAGAAAUUUGGGUAUUCCAACUGCUAUUCCACUGUACUACUAUUCGUAUUACAAUGAAUAAAAUAUGGCAUUUAAAAAUUUAUGAUGUCAUAAUGCUGAGUCUCUACUGAGUGGGACUGCAUAAUGUAAAGUUUUUAAAAGAAAAAUUACAAACCCGGGCUUACGUAGUAAAGGGAUUAAGUAUUGAAGUUUGUUGUUGUUUUGUUUUUUUUUUUAAGAUAUAUGGCAGUACUUGUGAAAUAAUU